AUGCCCAUCGGGGACGAUAUGAAGAAAUUGUCCGCUGGCAAAACCAGGUCUAUUUUUUCAUCACAAGAGCCGAAGAAACCAAGAAUUCCAAGCAUUUCGGUGAAAACGCCUGCGCAGAUUUACGACGACUGUGCUACUCCAUCCAAAGCCACAGUACAGCGCACAGCUAAAAAUAUGGCUGCUUCCGAUCUAGCGCUAGCAAAAUUUAUUUUGGCUUCUGACCGCUUAAGCGAAUUUAAGGCUCAGAUCAACACUCCGGAAUCUGCAGCUCCAAUCGUCACGAUGCUUAGCGUCCGUCGCGACCAAGUCCGAACCCUAUGGGACAAGGUUGAAAAGAAAUUCGAAAUCUGCUCAGAGUGCCUUGUGUCAGCAGGCGAAGCGGCAGCAGGCAACAGCUCGUUAAUAAAAUCGAGCAGGGCACGUCUCAGUCCAUCCCAGACGCGAACGCUGCGCCCUAGGCUAUCGGUUGCCUUUAUGCGAUUCGGAAGUUUUCGCAGGCGACUAUCUUCGCUGGCCGACUUUCCGGGAUCUUUUCACAGCCAUUUAUAUCAAUAAUCCACGGCUGACUCUGGUUGAAAAGUUAUUCCAUUUAAAUGCCAAAACAAGUGGCGACCUGCAUGCCAUUGUUUCGAUUUCGCCUCUCACCAACGAGGGUUUCCGCUCUGCGUGGAAGAGAGAGCGUUUCUAAAAUAAACGAUUGUUGGUAAACAGUCAAUUGAAAAUCUUUUUUAAUGUGCAGUCGAUACCACAGGAAUCUAGGGCGGCCUUUAAGGUACUGCAAAGUACUGCUCAAGGUUGCUUGACUGCCUUAGAAAUGUCAGGCAUCAACAUUGAGAACUGGAACUGCCUGCUGGUAUAUCUGUGUUCA